CCUAAUUGUCAGAGUGCUGUGCGUAGCGCACAGGAUAGUGGCGUGUUCGCCUCACCAUCAUUGGAUCGGCUCACCAUUCGCCAGUUUUCCAAACACGCUUGAACGUGUUUGCCAUUCGAGUGCCAACCUAGGAACCGUUAACAUCGUUUCCUAGCUUUCCUGGGUUUCAUGCCCUUUUUCUCACCUUUAGAGAUUUGUUUUGAUGCUGAUUAGCAUUUAUUUCAUUGAAAUAAAAGCGAUUAUUUCGAGGAGAUGUUGUUUCCGUUGUCGUUUCUCUGUACAGCGUAGACGCUUCUCCGAGAUGGUGGAGAUGCCUUAAGAUCCCUGUCAUUCCCGUAGUUUUGUUGACAUUCUGCACUCGAUAACGGCGUCACAUUGAACACGCCGUAACACGGAAGUUUCCUCUCUUUGGUGGAGACCUUGGCUUACCAGCGAUAGCCCAGCAACAGCAGAAGAAGAACCCUACUUCAGAAGCAAGGAGCGUCGCUGGUUCGGAAGGCACGCGGCCGCCAGCAAGGAGAAGAACCGCGGACAACGUAUCAAAGUGAUAUUUCCGCAAUGGACCGCGAUCAGCGACCGAACCGACCGGUUGGCAGAGAAAUGGAGGAAUUACCGUAUGCCUGUGCGCCAAUGCGCUCCUGCAAUCGUUGUUUAAACAAUACAAAUAACCGUAAAUGCGUGGAAUGCACGCUGGGACCCAACUACCGAUCGGAUAAUCCGCAAGUCGUUGUCUCCCGAUUGUUCGACGAAGUACUCAUGCGCAGCCUGGAUGCGUAUCGCACCAUAACGCUGCCGGAGUAUUGGACGAUUGUCUGCGCCUCGCCAUAUUACUAUAAUGGCAUUCACAAGAGCGCCGUUAAGUUCAUCAGUGACCAAGCCGACGAAUGGUCGUGUGCGACUCACCCGGAGAACUUCGGACGGAAUACCGCUAAUUUGAUGCAAUGCAUCACAGCACCACCGAAUCAGAAUUAUCCGACGAAUGUCGGCGGACAGCAAAUGCCGUCUCAACAACCAGCAUAUGGCCAAUGGCAGCCGUCAGUUAUGUUUUCGCCGCAGCCAUACCAGCAGCAAAGUCUGCCACCAGCGGGAUAUCAGCAGCAGCAGCAACAGCCAGUUCGAUAUACGAACAUGGCAUUGCAAGUACCGCCGGGUGCUUUGCCACCUGAGCAUAUUGCUCACCUUCAGCAAAAUCUCCCCAGUGGAAGUUAUAAAUAUGACCCGGAGACAAAAACGAUAACUCCGUGUCCAUGGCCAGCCGGAACAGCACCGAAAGAGCCACAACAACGGCAAACCAAUCCGUUGUUAGCGAAUCUUCCGCCGCUGACCAGGAAGCCACCAGUAAACCAACAACCGUCCUUACAAUUGCUGCGAGUGCAGCCCGUACCUACACAAGAGCUCUGCAUGACAUCCAAGAUGGACAUACACUGCUGAAGCUGGGCUCGCACCGGACUUACCGUCGUACCUACUGCAUCGACAACAAAAAGGAAUAUUUGUGCUAUUGCCCACUGCGGAAAUGGAUUUGCUUCUCCAGAUCUGAGUAUCGCCAAGUGGAUUUGGACGAAGUUAAGGAAGUCCGUGCUGGCUAUUCCACCGAUGGAUUUAAUCGGCGCGAAAAGUCGGCACGCUUUGUCCGCAAAUAUCCGGAAGACAUCUGCUUCUCCAUUGUGCUUUCCUCCGGUAAAGCAUUGGAUCUCAUUGCGCCGGAUAAAGAUGUCUGCGAUAAGUGGAUUAAUGUCAUGCGCCGUCUGAUCGAUGAAAAGCAACAAGUGGAACGGGAAAAACGCUUGGAAAUGUGGCUGCGAAAGAGCUUUGUGGCGGCUGAUCGAUCUGCUGAUGGUCUUUUGAAUUUCGAAGAAUGUAUGACACUUAUGGACCGACUGAACCUGAAAAUCUCUCGCCAACAGGCCAUGGAAAUAUUUCAGGCAGCCGGAACAACCAGAACUUUAAGUGGACUGUAUGCACUGGACAUGAAAGGUUUCCAUCGGUUUUACCUGCUCUUAUCCGAACGUCCGGAAUUAAAGGACAUUUUUCGCCAGUACAUUUCCGAAUUGUAUGACUUCUGGACUGUGAAUGAUCUGAAGAACUUUCUCUUUACUGAGCAAGAAGCGCGUGAUGAUAAAUGUGAUCCUGGACCGAGCCUUGUGGAAACCUGUGAAUGGAUGAUCCAGACAUUUGAGCCCAUUCAGGAAAAUCGGGAUAACAAGCUGUUGAGUCUUAGCGGUUUCCGUGAUUUAAUGUUAAGUUCACGUUUGGGACUGUUCAACCCAGAUUUUCAAGCCGUUUACCAGGAUAUGACACAGCCUUUGCAGAAUUACUAUAUCGCUUCCUCGCACAACACGUAUUUAUUGGACAAGCAGCUAGUUGGUGCAACAAGCAUUGAAGGAUACAUCUCAGCGAUUUUAACCGGAUGUCGAUGUCUUGAAUUGGAUUGUUGGGAUGGGCCGGAUGGAGAGCCCAUGAUCACUCACGGGUUUACACUAACCACAAAGAUGGAAUUCAAACACGCCUUGAAAGCCAUUAAAUCCUAUGCUUUUAUUAAUUCUGAUUAUCCUCUUAUUCUUUCGCUGGAGAACCACUGCUCCGUUAAACAGCAGCGACGGAUGGCGGAAUACUUGAAAGAUAUUUUGAAGGAACAGCUGUUUGUCGGCGAGAAGGAAAGUGCGGAUAUGAACAAUCUCCCUUCUCCGGAACAACUGCGAAACUGUGUCCUCUUGGCAGCCAAGAAGCUUCCUCCGGGUGCUAUUGACGAUGCUGAAUUCUACGAGGUUAAGGAAGGGUGUGUGAGCGACCAAGAGGACGACUCCGAAAUGUCUUUCCUGUCCAUCUAUGAACCAUUUACGGAUGAAUCUGACUGGGAGCAGCGGUUCGCCCAUUAUCGUGUCAAGUUUAGCCAUCAUGAGAAGGAUAAACGCCGCAAGUUUCAGAUAGCCAAAGCUUUUUCGGACUGCGUCUUCAUUAAGGAAGGAGAGUUUAGAGGAUUUCUCUAUGCCAGAGACGACGGGAAGUAUUACCGAAUGGAUAAUAUUGCUGAGCCGAAUAUGCGCACCCUGGUCAGCAACAUGCGGGAUGAUUUUGUCCGCCAUUGCUCGCAGCAUCUAGUGCGCAUUUAUCCCGCCGGUAUCCGUACCGACUCUAGCAACAUGAAUCCCAUUCCUGCCAUGGAUGCCGGUUGUCAGAUUGUGGCAUUUAAUUAUCAGGAUAAAUCCAAAGAAACGCAGAUCUACCGGGCUUUCUUCGGCAAUAACGGUGGAUGCGGCUAUAUCUUGAAGCCGGAGCAUAUGCGCAACAUUACGAGCGCGCCAGGUGAAAGCCGCCGGAUGCAGCUCACAGUGAGAGUCAUCAGUGCCCAGCAGUUGCCCAAGCUGCCGGUGGCCGGGGAAAAAGAGAUAUCUGAUCCUUUUGUGGUUGUGGAGAUUUAUGGAUGCCCGGAAGACUGUGAGGUGAUGGCGACAGUGCCUGUUAAGAAUAACGGGUUUAACCCAGUUUGGAACAAGGAAUUUUCUUUCGAUAUUCGGAAUGUUGAUCUGGCGGUAUUACGGUUCGAGAUUCGAGAUAUGGAUUAUCGAAGUCGGUGUUUGAUUGCUCAGUAUAAUAUCCCGGUUGCUUGUGUGCAGCGAGGCUAUCAUCAUGUUAACCUUCUCGGACCCGAUGAACGGAAGUUGGACCUAUCCACGCUUUUCGUUCAAAUCAAAUGUGUUUGAAUUCAUUGCAUAUGUUAAGAAUACAUUAGUGAUCGGAUUCGGCACGUGUACAUUUGGUAACGAUGCCGGAGUUUUUGCAUUUAGCGUGUUUUCGGACCCAGGCAGUCCGGUAAACGCUUUUGUGACUUUUCUCGUUUAAUUUUGUGAUACUCACUUUUUAUUACAGUUUUAAGAGUUUAUUCCAGCUGUUAUAAUCCAACCCAAAAUCUGUGGCAAGGUUUUAAGAGACUGGACAAAAUGUUG